AUGCAGCCAUUAUCAACUAUUGAUCUUCUCUCAACUGAGCUCUUUCAGCUCCAUUACAAGAAUGCCCCACGGAAAGAACGUCUGGAGCUUUCUUACCUGCGAGCCAGGGCCAUUGCCAAACAUUGGGCAUUGACCUUGGACGACGUCGUUCGUGUUUCACCAAAGUCCCAGCGUGCUCACAUGGAUGGUAUCAUCGUACGGGAUCCGGUCGCGCACAUCAAUCUGAGCAUACAGUAUAACCUCGUCGUGGGCACUCUCGCCACCUAUGUGAAGAAAAGACCGGAUCUGGAGCCUCUUAUCAGGGAGUUUCUUGAGUUUGAUAUAUGUGGGGCUUUCAUGCUGAACGAAGUUGGUCAUAGGUGUGAUGCAAGAAAUCUGGAGACUACUGCCUCAUGGAACUCUGACGGCGGGUUUAUUUUGAACACCCCGAACCGGAACGCGGCCAAGUUCAUGCCACCAUCCAUGCCGAUGGCGGGAAUUCCUCGAGUUGCGCUGGUCAUGGCACGCCUUCUCGUCGAAGGAGAAGAUCGAGGGAUUCGACCCUUCGUGGUUCCCAUCAACGACGGUUAUCGGAUGUGCCAAGGUGUCAAGUCAUGGCAAGUGCUCCUUCCGCCAAUAGGCUGCGGCGAAAUGCUCGAUCAUAGCCUGACGACCUUUGAUAAUGUGCGUCUGAAAGCAAGUGCUAUGCUUGGAGACCUGGCCAAGCCUGGAAACCUGCGUGCUCAAUUCCUGUUCGCUAUUGGCCAGCUCCGGCUUGGAUCCCUGGCCCUGAGUCUAUGGACUAUCCCUUUCUUGAAAUGUGCUGCGUUUAUUGCAGGAAAGUACAGCCAACAGCGUACGGUCCAGGAGGGUGUUAAGGGGGACAGGGUCCCGAUUCUCAACUUCAGGACUCAGCAGCUGCCGAUCGCGCGUGCCUUGGCCCACGUUGCCGUCAUGGAACCGCUAGUGGAGUGGGUAGUGUCCCAGCAGAACAAUUAUGCGGCGCUCAAGUCCCUGUUCGUAUUCAAUGGACAAGAAAGCCUCAGUGCUUUAGUCGAGAGAAGUGGUGCGCAGGCGAUGUUUCCCGAGAAUCAGAUGGCAAACGUGGAGUCUCUGACACGAUGUACAAGCAUUGCAGAAGGAGAGCUUCUAGUUCUUUGCAUCCGUCAUGCCACAGAGAUCCUACUCGAACGUUGUGAGAUCCCCGAAGCAGAAAACCCCACGUCAUUGUUGGCUAAGCAUGAGAGCGGUCUCAUUGCUGAGUUACGGGAGCUGCUCGAAACCUUCAAGGGUCACAGAAGUCCUGAGUACAAUAAGUUCAUCCUGCCUCGAUCGGGGGGGAUUGACGGUGACUUGUUGGCCAUGUAUGAGUCGGAAGCGGUGAGAAGCGACUCCAGCUGGUACGUGGAGUGUUUGGAGCUGAGCAGAGCUGCCCAGUAUGAAAUGGAGAGUACAGCAUGCGAUGCUGUCAUGUCACAACUUAACAGGCAUCUCGAUGAUCUCGGCAUUGAGCCGUACUGCACGGCUCCGAUGCCGUCGGGCGCCAAGUGGGACGACUUCAUCAAUGUCGCUCGCACAUUCACUGCGAAGGCGGACGGGAGGGCAGCAGUCUUCCACCCGAGGCUUUAG